UAGUGAAAGAUGGGCUCCCUGAAGUGUUUGUUGGUUGUUGUUGAAAUCCACUUUUGUGUGUCUUUCUGUCAAACCGCCUGAACGUUGAUCAUGUGUUACAAAUGUGUGAAGGAUAAGACUUUAGACCGAGGUACGUUUUGUUCGGACACUUGUUGCCUUCUGUCGAAUUUCGCUCAGUGUAGCGAAUGCGGAUCGACCUCAGCCCUCGAAAUCCAGACCGAUAAGCCCGUGACCGUCCAGGGAGACACCGAAGUUCUCACGCGAAAUCGUAUAUUUGUGCCGGUGUGGGCACGUGAUUGGUGAGCACACCUCGGAAUUUUGGGUGGAAUCGGGCCAUCAAGAAUAUCGUAUGGACUGCCAUUUGUGCGGAUUUGGGGAGGAUAGCAUUUCGAUAGUGCCCAAGUAGGUUUGUUUCACUUUCGUGUGUUCAACCAUGAACGCCAUACCAGCAUCGGGGUCCAAAUUGAGGAUCCGGUUGGAUCUGACGGCCUUUGACUUGGCCUGGAAGCGGGUUUGGAUGUUGGUUGAUUGUGAGCGAACACAAAAUAUCGGCCAAUUGAUCCAAGAAAUUACCGGCAAAUACUUUGAAUCCACCCAGCCCAAUUUGAAGCUUUGUUUGGAUGAUCCCUAUGAGAUCCCAGAGUUUGAAGACAUCCAAGUGAUUCGUGAUGGUGACCUUUUAGCAGUGAGCGAACAAUGCGAUUUGAUGCCGCCCAAAAAGAAACGGAAGAAGCGGCACUCGACGGAUAAUGACGCCAACCAUGAAAUGUCUCUCUUUUCAACCACCAAGAAGUCCCAGAGUACUUUAACUACGGACUACGACGAUAACCCAGAGCUGGUCAAAACUUCUCGCAAGAAGAAGACGAACUCUAUUCCCGUGGAAAUGCCCAAUCAUGAGCAAACCGGACAACAAGAUGCACCUGAAGAGGUGGCCGAACCAGUGGUGAAGGCUACCCGCAAACGCAAACGCCGUCCAAAGAAUCGCAACAGUAUCAACACCAAACAAGAAGCCGGUGACGCUGCGGACGUAUCCCCACCCUUAAACGAGGUAGUGGUCAAUGUUCCUAGUCACCGUGACCCCGUUUCCGUGAUUCAACCUAUUCAACCUGUGAAAGUUCUGCCUGAAGUCCCUCCCUUGACCGUAGUCGAGUCAUUCGAACCCAGUUCCAAGAAAAUUUCAUGCGAUCAAGUUCUUUUGGGUUAAAAUCAUAUCGUGCAUCGUUGGAUGAAGCAACAUUGCUCUUGAAAGUAAAACAAAGCUAUUCAUAGUUUUCUCUUUGAACAAUGUGUGUCUGAAAUGAAGGAAGUUGAGAUGGCCCUUCGAUAA